GGCUGACGUUUCUGGGUGAAUUAUAACUAAGGACAACUGAAGUACAUAAAAGUGAAGAAUGUUGGGGAAGAUGACAACAGAUCUACCUUACAUUACCAUCGAUCAUUUCGAGGACUGUCUGUCUUCUGAUGAUGUUCUGGUGCACUUCUUUAACUGCUUCCUCAGUCUACCUUCGUUCCCUGAGUGUGUACAGUACAACCAGGAGACUGGUGUGUUUGAGGUGGUCAGUGAUGCAGCGGAGGCUCUGUCUAGGAGGAUCAGGUCAGCCGUACAGUACUUUAAAUCACAACCUCUCACUGACCCAACAGAGCUGACUGCUAGACCUGUGGUGGACAACCACUACACUGUUCUGUGCUUGGACAGAGAACAGGGAGUGGAGUGGAUCCUAACAGAAAGACUACCCUUGUUUCUUGAAAGUGACUGCUACUUCGAGUACAGGUUAGCGAAGCUGCUCUCUCAGUGGGGCCCUCAAGGCUGGAACCAGAAGAGGGAUGGUACCUCAGUCCAGCCCCCUGUCACCACAGAGCCUGUCUGUCCUUCCCCUGGGCCCGAUGACAGAGAGACCCUGAUGAAGGUCCUCUAUGUGUCACUGGGACAGGCCUCGGUAACAGACAUGUUGACAAUGGCUAAGGACAAGGACAAGCAGCUGCCUGUCUGUACCCGGUCUGUGAGAACCCCGGUGUGCUCCCUGGGCCGGGAGGGACAGAGGGGUCAGGCCUCAGCCUGCUUCUCCUGCCUCCCUGACUCAGAGUCCUACGCCCUGUCCUCCUCACUCCUCGUCUCCUUUCCUCUCUCCUCUUCGCUCCCGGACUGUCCUCUCUGCUCUUCACUUCUAGACUGGGACAAGAGACGGGGAGACCACAGCGCAGAGCAGGAGAUGAAAGUCUACCUCACAGAGACAGAGGCAAAGACAGAGAUAGAGGCAGGAACUACAGAUGAGGAUAAUGGGGAACCCAAGCCCCAGAGUCCCGCCUGUUCUACCACUGAUGAGGAGACGGUUGGUCCCCACACAGAGAGCCCCUGUGAGGGAGGUCCAGCCACCAGCCACAGCAGACUGAAGGAGCAGCAGGGGGAGGGUGGAGGGUCAGAGGAGGAGAAUGACCAUGACCUUGAGUUCUAUGAUGUCACUGCAAGUAUCCAUGGUGAUAGACAGGGCCUUGGUGACUUUAAGGACUUCUUAAAGGGAACACUAGGAGAGAAGCUUUUGCAUCUGUGGAUGGAUAUAGAGAGACUGAAGACCCUACAGGACGACAGGAGUAGAAUCAGGCAUUUGGUCCAGAUGCGUAGCUGCUACCUGCUGACCGGUGGCCAGAGCAGUCUGAAUGGUGAGCUGUUAACCAGACUGGGUCUCUCUACCUCCCCUGCUGGAGAGAGGACAGACUGCAGAGAGUUCAGCCCCGCGUCACUGAGGCACUGCUCUGCUACUGGUGAGGAGACUGACAAGGUCAUCCACACCAGGGAUUUUUAA